GAUAAAUUAAACUACCAUGAAAUUGAAAUUGAUUUGAUGUUAAUCCCUCUCAUUGAGGCAUUUUUACAAACACUUGAUAGACAAUAUUAAUAGGCAUUUUUACCACUGCUCACGACGGCUUGAUAUGAACUGUGCUACCCUCAUCACCGUCGCCCACUACCUGAAAAUAAAAGAUACAAGCUUGUUGUCAUCGUGGGUGCUACAAGCUGCAAGAAGUCCUACCUUUCCCUUGGCUUGGCCGCUGUCUACUUUGCUUACUCUCAAGUCAUCAACUCAAAAAAUCCAAGUUUAUGGAGAUCUCGAUAUCACCAGCAAUAAAUUACCUUUCCAUUAGUGACUUGGCAUCCCCACCACUUUUGAAUGUGAUCAUUGGAGCUUCUUCAAAGAGCAGAGGAAGAUGGAGAGAAUGAGCAGGGAAUUUGAAAUUCACUCAAAUUCAUAGGCCAACGACACUGAAGAGUGAAAAAGCUUGCUGCAGUGCAAUUAUGCAAAGUCAUGAAUUGAUUGCUCUCUGUUCCAGCAUGUGAUUGUGGACCAACAGCUUCAACUUCAAUUGAGACAAGACGGGAAAGAAAUGAGUGCAUGGGAAUUGAAACUCAAUGCCAAAGCAGUACUACAAUGUAUAGCUUUGUUGAACACAAGGUGCUCAGCUUUUACUUUUUCCUCUUUGGUGCCCAUCAACUAUAUGCUGUACAGAUAUUGACUAUAAAUCAAGUCCGAGUGA